UUUAAUUUAAUAAUUUUUCGGGGUGAUGCAAGGAUAAAACCCUUCGAAGCAAAACCCUCCAGCCAGCCAAUGAGUUCCAUUGAACUUCACCAAGAAGAAGAAAUGAGCGAGUUGUCUCCAAUGGAGGAGGAAGCUCGGAAUCAUUCAGCUUCUCGGCGCACACGUUCCCAGGUUGCUCCCGACUGGUCUGUGAGCGAUUCCCUGAUUCUUGUCAACGAGAUUUCCGCCGUCGAAGCCGAUUGCUCCAAGGCUUUGUCUUCAUUUCAGAAAUGGAAGAUCAUUGCCGAAAAUUGUAUUGCUUUCGAUGUCAUAAGGACUUCGAAUCAGUGCCGCAGAAAGUGGGUCGCAUUGCUCGAUGAGUACAACGGGAUCAAGCUGUGGGAGUCGGAGACGAGCGGCUCCGAUUCCUAUUGGUCUUUGCAAGCUGAAGGACGAAGACGGCUUGGGCUUCCGGAUAAUUUCGACAGAACGCUGUUCGAUGCGAUCGAUAAACUCAUGCAAGAGGAUCCGUCGGACACGGACCCGGAUAAUGACCCAGAAGCAGAGGGGGAUACGCUCGAUGUCACUGCAGAAUCUGGUUUGAAGAUGCCAGGGCACCAGUCGGUGCCUGAACAAACCAACUCCAAGGAAGAGAAGGAGCUAAUGAUGGCUGAAAAACUGCGUGAGAAUGCAAAACAAAUCAAUGCCAUAGUUGAAGGAAACCUGAGCGAGAACAGCGAGGCAUUCCAAACCGAUUACAUAAGGCAUCAAGGGGAGGAGCUUAUUGUGUGCCUCCGAGAUCUUGCCAACAACCUCGGCCAGUUUUGUGAUCUUGUCCGAGAAAGUGGGUAAUUUUUCUGCAGCUUGAUUUUUAUCAAUGCAGUGUAAAAUCGCUGUAAAUGGAUGUAGAUGGGAAAUUUUUGAUUCGAUGGGGAGGAUCUGGAAUGCUCAUGCAAAUACUAUCCUUCCAUUCUGCUUAAUGUAUCCGUUAAAGAUGAACCCAAUGUGCCUUAUGGUAGCUUUCAUUUAUAACUAUUUAUAGUUUACCCA